ACUUCGCUGUCUGUAACUCAACUCUCGCGAGACAGUACGAGAGCCAAAAUGGCGUCCCCGUGCUGCUAAACAUUAGCCAAACAACUUCUCUCCUCAGAGAAACAAGCGUUUUACAUUUUUCAUCAUCUCCUGUUUUGAUUCCUUUCAAUCUAAACGGGACUACAGACUGGCUAGAAACGAUCUGGAUCAUCUGGAACCAAAACAUGGACGAGUGUUUAAACAGAAACUGCAGCAUGAAGAAGGAAAACACAGUCUGUACGAGCAGGGGCAAAGACAGCUCCUCUCCAAGCAACGACCCAUUCUUACUGGGUUCACCCUGCAGCUCAGCUACACCACCAUCCACGUCUAAUCCGCCAUGCGAUACGGAGGUGGGUGACAUACUUAAUUCAAUGGAGAAAAAACUCUCCGGGCUUGAAGCUGGACUCACUGUCAUUGAAGUGCUGCGCGGGGAGUUUAAGGCGCUGCGCCAAAGUCUGGAACAGAGUCAGGCACGGACAGAAACCCUCACCGAGGAAAAUACAACCCUGCAAGACUCUGUCAGCACCCUCAGCGCCCAGCUAACAUCUGUCACCGCCGAGAACAAGCGUAUGAAGGAAACCAUACGGGACUUACGAGCACGGAGCAUUAAUGACAGCGUGCUCUCCAGCGCCAUUCCUGAAGAAACCACAGGCCGGACCGCGAAUAACACCGAACCCGUCCGUCCCCUCAAAUGUUCUGAGACUCAAUCGGGAUCAUCCAAACCAGAUCUCCAUGAUGGUGUCCAUGAGCUGUUGGUGAUUAAAGAAGAAGAUUCCCUUGAGUGGAGCCCCAGCCUGGACCAGAAGGACCCCCUACACAUAAAAGAGGAACAGGAGGGACAGCAACUGAAUGAACUGGUGGAGACUCAUAUCACCAACUUCCCAUUCACUACAGUCACUGUGAAGAGUGAAGAUGAUGAAGAGAAACCUUUUUCGCAGUUUCAUCAAAGACAACCUGAGGACAACGGAGAGGCAGAGCCUCAAGCCAGCAGCUCAACAACACAGAUAAAAACAGAAACUGAUGGAGAGGACUGUGGAGGAUCUGAAACCAUUAGAAUCCAAGAUCCAGAUGAUCUUCCACAACUAGAUACUGAUGAAAAGACUUCUGACUGUUCUGAGACUGAACUCAGUUAUGAUUGGCAAGAACCUUUAUCAGAAACUGAACCCAAAACAGAGAGUGAUAGGGAGGGAACCAGGGCAGCUGAGUCCAGGGUUAAUGCCCUGAAAUACAAGAAUGUGUGUGAUGUUGGAGGUAAUGCUGAAAAAAAAACCUUAAGUUGCUUUGAUUGUGGUAAAGGAUUUCAUGACAAGGGGCCUCUUCAGAGACACAUGAUGUGUCAUUUGGGAAAAAGGUCCUCCAGCUGUUUGGUUAAAAAGAAAUGUAGAGCUGAGAAAAAGGUAGUUUUACAGAUGAGACUAAAUACAGGAGAGAAAACGUUUGACUGUCGUGAGUGCGGGAUAACAUUUAGCUUUAAACGUAGCCUUGAGAGUCACAUGCUUGUCCAUGCAGUAGAUAAACCAUUUGGUUGUGAUGUGUGUGGUAAAAGAUUUACAAAACAGGGAAGUCUCAAGGCACACACAAGACUACACACAGGGGAGAAACCAUUUGUUUGUGAAGUCUGUAUGCACUCAUUUACGGAUAAAAAAUAUCUCGAGGCACACAUGAAAAUCCACACAGGAGAGAAACCAUUUAGUUGUGAUGUUUGUGGGAAAACAUUUAGCCAAAAGAGAAAUCUAAAGUCACACAUGCGAGUGCACACAGGAGAAAGACCAUUUGGCUGCGGCGUUUGUGGGAGAAAAUUUACAGAACAGGGGAUACUGAAAACACACAUGAGGGUCCACACAGGAGAGAAACCAUUUGGCUGUGAUGAAUGUGGAAAAAGAUUUAUACAACAGGGAAUUCUGAAGAGACACAUGAUAGUCCAUGCAGGAGAAAAACCGUUUGGUUGUGAUGUUUGUGGUAAAAGAUUUACGCAACAGGGAAAUGUGAAGACACACAUGAGAGUCCACACAGGAGAGAAACCAUUUGGAUGUGGUUUUUGUGGGAAGAAAUAUGCAGAACAAAGAAGUCUGAACACUCACAUGAAAGUCCACUCAGGUUAGACACUGUUCCAAGGUUUGUUGAAAUAAAACUUGAGUGUAGCACUUAUACAUUCAAAUGAAAGAUUUUUGUUGUAAUUACAAUCAACCAUUGUCAUGCAAGUUCAAACAUUGCUCAUGUAACCUAUACCCUCCAGACGAGGGUAUAAGUUGCAGUAUACCAGAGUUUUUUAAUGGUUCUGAGUGUACAACCUGCACUGCCACACCUGUGGCUGCAUGUUUCAUCCAAAUUCUAGAACUGGAGACCUCUCUUCAGUUACUGCACGAGUAACUAUGUAAACUUUAUGGCAGACAGCCACAAGGGGGAGACACAAGUUCCAUGUUCCUGCAGUGAUCAUGAUGAUAAAAUGUUAACAAAUCUUGUUUUUUUUACAUAAUGCUGCAUCUCUGGACUUAAAGUAAGGUGCAGAAUGAAAGGAUAAUUUUCCUGUAAAACAUUGUUAUGAUAUUGUAUUUAUAAUUUAAAAAUAUUUGUGUAUAACAAUGUCGAUCAAGUGGUGGUGAAAUCAUUGGGUUUUAUGGUAAGUGCCCAGCCUACUGUAGUGCCAAAUGUCAGCAAGGAAGCAUCAGCUAGUGUCAGCAAUUAUAACAUUAGUUAUGUUUGGCGACAUGUUAGCAUAAACAAUGCUAAUAUUUGCAAUGUUAAUGUGAGCCAGCUAAUGUAAGUUAUGUUACUUUGUUCAUCAAACUGACAAUCACUUGAGGAGGCAGAUGGUUUGAACAAAGGCAGUUUUUAUUGUCUUUCUCUUGUGUUUGUUUCAAAGUAUAUAACAGAACUGUUCUUUGGUUGCUUAAUGUGUCAUUAUGUGUCUUUAUCACAAAUCGUUUAUAAAGGUCCUUUCUCAAUAGAACUGUACAAGUAUGGUCAAAGUUAAAGGAAGUUGGACAAAUGUUUUCUUAAAGAUUCACUAAUAAAAGGUCAACUCAG